ACGUUUCAUCAAAACAAAGGCACAGCAACUACGCGAGAGGCCCGGGCUGGCAUUUUAUCGUGAUAAUUCGUAGCGAGUACGUCACGUUUCUACGUUGUCAUACGUGUACGCGCACGAAGUAAGUCGCUCGGUUGUACACGCUUUUUCGGAUCGUUGUACUAUUCGUGAUUGUUGUUUAACGGAAGCCUAGUUUUUUUUUUUCCUUGUGCAUUAGAUAUGUCAUCCUCGAUGAAAUUUACGUUGGAUGAGCUCUUAGGAGAAUCAUGGGUGGAAGUGAAUCCGAUAUCUGCUGAAAGGCGAACACCCUUGCCAUUCAGCAGUGGUGGCGAAGAAUAUCUAAGACUUCUGAGGGAAGCACAGAGAGAUUCAACGCAAUCAUCUGCCAGGCAUUCUUUAGCAUCCUCACGUCGAGAUACUCCUAGAGACAGCCCGAAGAGUCCACCUAACAGUCCGAAUACGGAACUUUCUACUGAAGAUGAGCUCAAAGGGGUCUACAUAAAUUACAGCUGCAACAAGGAAGGCGAACUAUUAGACAAAAGUAUGGAUUGGAUUUACGAGUGGAGCUCACGCCCUGAUCAGGCACCACCGAAGGACUGGAAAUUUAAGCAUCCUCUUGGUAUAAAUAAGAAAAAAACUUACAGCAUUCGUACUGCAAAAGUUGGUAAAAAUGGAUUGUUUUCUAAAGAAGUACUUUAUACUUUAAUCCUCACGAAUGUUUUGUCCUUAUUAAUUGGAACUGGUCUUGGGGUUUGGCUUACCAGGCGAGGUCUGCUGUUGUCUCGCGUUGCCAUUGAGUGAAGAUAACAAAGUGAUCUUAAUUAGGAUUGUCGCAUUCUAGAUUUGCAAGAAAAGGGGAGGGGAAUAUAAACUGAUAAUUGGAAAGCAUGAAAGACUGAAAAGCAGAUUGGGAGGCGAUAAAGCCUAAAAAAAGAUACAGAAAAAAGCGCAUAAAUUUUUGAAGGUCAAUGUUAGCACCUUCUUCUCUAAAUCCUGCUCCUCUUCGAUUAUACGAUACUUCUUGAGUAAUUUGUAUUACUUAAUUAAUGCGCGUCAUAUGUUUAAGGAAAACAUUAAAAAAAAGAGUAAAAUAAAUUAUUAGAAAAAAAAAUAGAGAAAGGAAGAGGAAAUGAAAAAGAUUAUACUAUAUAAUGAAAAUAUUAAAAAAAUAAAAAAAAAAAUAAAAAAAAUAAAAAAAAAUAAAAAAAAAAUGAAAAAAAAUAUAUAUAAGAAAAAACAAAAAGAAGAUAAAAAAUUAUUUACAGUAGUCUAGAUUUGUGCGGGAAAAAAAUGUGUCCAUUUUAUACCAUUUCUAAUGCGUUUCUAUUUGCGAUAGUCCAUAGACAUAGCUUGAAUAAUAUUUAUCAGUAACUGAUUAUUGCCUGUUAGAUUGGAAGAAACGAGCUGGAGUGAAAGAGCAGCGUCAGUAACGAAUGAGAGAGAACGAGAGUAAGACUUAGAUUGAUUGUGUUUUAAGUAUAGAAGUGCACAGAUAAGGAAAUAAAAUGCGAGAAUUCUCAUCAUACUAUAAACAAUUACGACUUCAUUCCCUUCAUUUUGGAAUAAUCUUGACACAUUAUAUUUAUUAUUCGAACUGCACGAUAAUUUGUAUAAUAAAAAAAGAACAAAAACACAAAAAAAGUAAAAGGAAAACUAAACGGAUACACACAAUGUUAUACACAGAAAAAAUUAUUCACAAAGGAGACUUUGAUGGUCGAACGAAGACACAAAAUUUAUACUUUUUUUUUUUUAAUGCUAUUAUCAUAUCAUGUUUAAUAUACAGAGUUUACAUAAAGUUCAGUAAUAUUUUAAAUGAUAAUUAGAAUAACAACAUGGUAAUGGUAAUUACCAUUUAAAGUGUUGCCGGACUUUAUUUAAUAUAUAUAUAUAUCAGUGAAACGGCAGUAAUAAUCGAUCGUGAAAUAAUUUUCACAAAAAAAAUAUCAUAUUGAUUUUCACUUUUGGUAGUGAAAAAACGUCUGUACGGAAAAUCUCACGGCAGUCGGACGAAGGGACCAGAUAUAGAUUUUUUUUACUGCCAAAUAUUUAAAAAACUUUGUUUUAAAUUAUAUUGAUUAUAUAGGGUAAAGUUUUGUCUGUUAUAUAUCGUUCGAAUAUAAUUACAAGUCAUUUAUUCUAAAAAUACACAUAUAAUAAUCCUAAAAAAGCAAUAUAUAAUAAUUUUUAUCUCUUAAUAAUUUUUGUUAUAUAUACUCUGUUUAUACAUAUAGCUUACGUACGCAUUCUAUUUGAUUACGACUUAUAAGAUAUGCCAAAUUAUUCGGUAAUAUUAGAAAAUUAUAUAUAUGAACGCACUUUGUGUAUAUCUAAUGAUUUUUAAUCCUUUCUACAAUUUUUUUUCUUAUGGAAAAUAUACUACAGUAGACAACACAAUAUUGAUAACGAUAUUAAUAAAUCAACUAAUAUAUACAGUUGAAAACCCUCGUCCGGCCACCGUAUUAAAUUUCUUUUGAUUUGAUCUAUAAAAAAAAUAUCUUGCAAUUGAUAAAAAAUAAAAUCUUUUUAAAUUACUGUAUAUCACAUAUACUUAUAUAUAUUUGUGAUAUAUUUGUAAUAGCAUUAAUAAAAAAGAAAAGCGCAAGAAAGGUAAUGCAGACAAUAUAGUAGAUUAUUACCAAAUUGUACAAUUGUGUGAAGAGGUUCAAGAAUUUUAUAAAUUUAUGAAAAUAUAUAAAGCACAUUUUUCACGAGUAUACGUGGCACGACUUGAGAAUUACAUAAUAUAUGCUAGGCAAAUAAAAAGUAAAUAUAAUUGAGUGCCUAGCUAUAUCCAUUAUUUUUAAAUAAAAUGAUGGUCAAUGCAUAUUUUUCCUUGUACGGGUAAGUGUAAGAUGAAAACAAAAAUUGCACAUACAUACGAGUGUUUGUAAUUCUGAAUGAUUCAAUAACGCGCGCGUGUGAUAUUUCUCUUAUAGUAAUAUUAAACUGAACUUUGUAACAUUUGUAAAAAACAAAAAACAAAACAAAAGAAAGAGCUGGACUUCUAUUCAUAUGG